CCCGCGCUCGCCGCCCUGGGCCCAGCCCGCGCCGCUCCUCCCGCUCAGCGCCGGACGUCCCUCCUCGGGGCGGGCCCCGCCAGCGGGAGGGACCCGGGCGGCCCUGGGGGCGGGUGCUGCCGCCUCACGGCAGAGGAGGCGCGACGGGCGGCGGCAGCGCGGGAGCGGAGAUUCACUGUCUCAAUGGAAGUGGUACCAGCCUGGGUCCCAGCAGUGGGUUUCACACUCCUGCCCCAUGCAGGAGGAUUUUUAGGAAGCAAGGUAACCAGAAAGGAAAUCCCAGUGUGGUAUGAAUCUCUACAGAAGCCAUCCUGGUGUCCACCAAACUGGGUGUUUGCUCCUGUUUGGGGAACUCUCUAUACAUCUAUGGGAUAUGGCUCCUACCUGGUAUGGAAGGAAUUGGGGGGCUUCAGUGAAAAGUCAGUGGUUCCUCUGGGUCUGUAUGCAGGGCAGCUGGCAUUAAACUGGGCAUGGACUCCAGUAUUUUUUGGAGCUCACAAAAUGGGAUGGGGGUUGGUGACUCUCCUGCUUACGACUGGUAUGGCAACAGCUACUACUGCUUCCUGGUAUAACAUCCACAAAACAGCAGCUUAUUUGAUGGUUCCUUAUUUAGCUUGGCUAACCAUGGCUUCUGCACUCAAUUACCGUAUCUGGAAAGACAAUCGCAACAAGAAACAACCUGAAUAAAGAGUUCUCAGCCAAAAAAACAUUUUUUUUCCAUAAGAAUUUUCUAAAUAAAGUUAUGGCCUUAAUUUUAUUUUUAGCUAAACUACUUAUACAACUAGUUUGCUAAUUACAAGUUGACAAAGCAGUAGUUGUUUAAAACAAAUAUGCCUUUACUAGGCAUACAAGGGUGUAUGUGUGACUGGGUUUUAUAGCAAACUAAAAGCGCUGAUUAAAAAGUACUAGUUUUCUAUAUUACAGCAUUAUAUUUUAUAUGACAACAGCAUUUUAACUGUUACCAGAACUCCAACUUCAUUAUGUUGAGAGGAAAAAAUCCAGUGAUACAUCAACACAGGUUCCAGAAAGCUGCUCCUAACAGUAACAGGCAUGAUUGUGGCCUGCAUCUUUCAUGGCUACCACUAGACACAGUGCUUUAAUGCUAUGAUGUGUCUCACUACAGCUGCCAGAUACUUAUCUUCUGGUUAUUGUACUCUGGAAACAUUUAAGAUUUAUCUUGUUCACAAUUUUGUAGCAUUGUACAAUCUAGCAUCAGCUAAAUGCAUUAAACUACAUGUAAACUUA